AUGUCUACGGACAAGAUUCUUGAUGACAAAGCUAUUGCUAUUGAUGAGGUUUCAUCAAUUUCAUCAGAAAGUGUACAGAACGUCUUCGAAACUCACAAACCAGACGAGUACGUUCUGGAGGAGGUUCAGAAAAUAGUAGAAAAACACAAUUUAGCUGAAUAUGAGGAGCUUUUGGUAAGGGGAGCUCUAUUUGCAAAUAGACCUGAAAUUAUCGAAAGUGAAAAAUAUACUGCUGAAGAAAGGCAGCUCAUAGUGAGGGAAAGAACGCAUCCCAUUUUAUCUUUGUCGCGUUCAAUGAUUAUGGCAGCCAUCUGCACUUCGUGUGCUGCCAUCAACUUUGGUAUGGAUGAAAGUGCUAUUGGGGGCGCUCAGCUACAGUACCAGAAACAGUUCAACAUUACGAAUGUGAACAUUCAAGGAUUAACCGUUGCCGCUCCAUAUUUAGCAGCUGCUGUCUUUGGUGCGCCACUAACUGUCUUUUUAAGCAAUCAUUUAGGAAGAAGAUGGGUGGUAUUUAUCAGUUGUUUGGUUGCAUUUUCAGGUUCGUUAAUCCAAGCAUUUGCGAACGGCCUUCCAGCAAUGCUGUUUGCUAGACUUUUCAUGGGUAUAGGAAUGGGUCUAAACUCUUCGACUGUGCCAAUUUAUACCGCAGAAUGUUCGCCAGCUGUCUCAAGAGGUGCGAUUCUAAUGCUCUGGCAGACUUUCAUCGCCCUCGGUGUGGCGCUAGGCUCGAUUUUCAACAGGGCUUUUGUAAACAUUGAAGGUUCUCUAUCCUGGAGGUUGAUGAUAGGUUCAUCCGCUGUGCCUCCAAUCAUCACGGCUUUGUUGAUAUUCUUUCCACCUGAGUCACCAAGGUGGCUGAUUGUAAAUGGGCGUACAAACGAAUCAUUUGAGUCGCUAAUGAAGCUCAGGUCGUGCCCUUUAUCUGGUGCAAAAGAUUUCUUUAUCCUUUAUGAGUCUCUAAAAUUCGAAUCUGAAUUAGAGACCAAAUUGACGAAGUGGCAGCAGUUUACUUCUUUAUUCACCGUCCCAAGGAAUAGAUUUGCACUCAUUGUAUCUUCAAUUGGAAUUCUAGGUCAGCAAUAUGGUGGCGUCAACAUCUUGGUCUCAUACACCACAACGAUUUUAACAAAUGCUGGUAUUGAUCCAGUCACAGCCAUUGGUGGUUCAAUCGGUAUCGGUGGCGGCUGCUUUUUGGCCACAUUUGUCUCCUCUCAGCUAAUUGAUCGAUUCGGCAGGAGAAAGAUGCUUCUUUUCACGCUUCCUGUGGAAGGUAUCUGUUUGUUCUGGUUAGGAGGCGUCAUUAACAUUACUAAAGAUCAGCUGCGUCUAGGGUUAGGGCUAACAUCCAUGUAUGUUUACGUUUUGUUCUAUGGUACUGGAAUCGGACCGGUUAGUUUUACCUUAGUCGCUGAGACACCUUCAAUUAGUGUGAGGAUGGCUCACAGCGCCUUUUGCAUGAGUUUGAACUGGAUAUUGGAUUUUUGUCUGAGUAUGACUUGGCCAAAAAUGAAUGACACGAUGACGACCUCAGGUGGGCUUUAUUUCUACGGGGCAUUCAAUUUUGUGGUCUGGGCACUUUCAUAUUUUUGUAUUCCCGAAACAAAGAGGUACACAUUGGAGCAGCUUGAUGAAGUUUUCAAAGGAGGAGUUAGUCACUUCUUUAAGAAGAAGCUGAGAAGGCUUUUUGGAAAGCACUAA